GUAAACUGUCAUGUCCGCUGUGUUAUUAACUUUGGGAUUCAGAAAAUUCUCAAACUACACCGCAAUAAAUGCAUUAGUUGUUUACAGAUAAUAACAGUAACAUAUUCUUGAAAGAAAAAAGACUCUUGUUUAUGCUUUCUCGUCUCAUGAGCGGAGAAUCCGUGUUCUACAGAAAUCAAGUUCUGGAUUGCUGUGGAGGCUUGAAUAACGUGGAUUACAGUCAGAUGGACAUGUCUGUGUUGGCAGACCUGUCGAGGUUCGUAGACCUGACAGAAUCCAGAUUCUGUGUAGCUGUCAUUGCUAUAAUUUUCAACCCUUUCUUCUGGAAUGUGGUUGCCAGAUGGGAGCACAGGACAAGGGGCCUGACACAACUUUUCGGUGGUCCUUACAUGGCCUGUUAUUCCCUCGGCGUUCUCAUCCUCCUCCUCAAUGUUUACCGUAGUCACAGUAUUACAGUUGCUAUGAAGGGACAGCCUCAAUGGGAGCUGCUGGACAAUGUACAGGUGUACUAUGCAGGAGCAUCUCUCAUGGCACUGGGUUUACUCUUUGUUAUCAGCAGUUUCCUGGCCCUGGGAUUUACCGGAACCUUUUUGGGUGAUUAUUUUGGCAUCCUCAUGGAUAAGAAGGUGACUGGUUUCCCUUUUAAUGUGAUAGACAACCCCAUGUACUGGGGCAGCACUGCUAACUACCUGGGCCUUGCCUUAAUGAAUGCCAGUCCUGUAGGGGUUGUCCUGGCCGCAGUGGUGGGUUUGUCCUACAGGAUAGCUAUUGUAUAUGAGGGACCAUUCACAGAGGAGAUCUAUCGACAGAGGAGCCAGCGCUGCAAGCACAAAUAGAAUGGAGCAUGUUUAAGGAUGACACCCAGCUUUCUUACUGCUGACACUGCUAGAUCUUGGAUAGGCAAAUGGAGAAUUGUGGAUGGAGACCAGGGAUACCCAUCAAUUUAAAUGUAAACACUGAUGCAUUUACAACAUCCAAAUGACGUGGAACUGUGUCAUCCUGAACAGGGUAAAGCGUAUUAUUGAUUUGUGAAUGAUCACAGCUGGAAAUUGCACAUGAACAAUAAUUUGAAAAUGAUAUAUAAAAAAUUCAUAGACAUAUACAACUUUUACUGCAGUGUUUUAGCUUUUCUUUUAAAUUGAAGUCAGACUAUGACUGCAAUGACAUUCUUUAAUGGUAGCAAUCAAAUAUUCAGCUUUUCUGUAUUUGUCCGUAAUCUGUAGUUUGUUCUUUUAUAUAUAAUUUAUCAUAAGCAUAAAAGAUACAAUUGUUGUAGAGGGUUUUUUUUUUUUCAUUAUUCAUUCAUAAUGUACGUCCAGGUUGAAAUCAGCUAAUUUAGGGUCCAUUUGUUGUAAUGUGAAAAGACAGAAAAGCUUUGAUCAGUUUACUUGAAUACAGUGGCAAGAAAAACUUUGUGAAACUUUUGGAAUUACCUGCAUUUAUGUAUAAAUUAUGUACAUAUUGAAUACAUCAUUCAAACAGUGUUGGUUGGAAAAAGUAUGUGAACCCCUAGGCUAAUGAUGUCAACAAAAAAUUAUUAGAGUCAGUUGGAAAACCUGGCAUCCAAUUAAUGAAAUGAGAUUGGAGUUAUGGGUCAGAGCUACUUUGACUUAAAAAAGCACUCCAACAUUUUGAGUUUGCUCUUCACAAGAAGCUUCUGCUGAUGUGGAUCAUGCAUCACAAGAAAAUGAUCUCAGAAGACCUACGAUUAAGAAUUGUUGCUUUGCAUAAAGCUGGGAAGGGUUGCAAAGUUAUCUCAAAGAACUUAGGGUUACACAUUAUUUUACAGUGUCCUUGUUUUAGUGUAAUUACACAUGUAAGUGCUGACUAAUAUUACUUAACAACAUGUACUUACUAUAGGUUUAGAGUUAGUUGCUUGUAAUUAUGCAUAAUUUACUGUUAUUACUUUUGUCAUUAUUUGUAAUACUUAUAACAAGGACGCUAAAAUAAUGUGUUAAUAUUAAUGUUAAUAGCUUAGAUAUUCAUCAGUUCGCAGUUAGACAAAUUGUCUAUAAAUGGAGAUGAUUUAGUUCUGUGGCUACUCUCACUAGAAGUGGCCGUCCAGUCAAGAUGACUCAAAGGGCACAUAGCAGAAUGCUCAAUGAGGUAAAAAAGAACCUUAGGCUAUGUUAAGACUGCAGGCAAAUCAGAUUUUUUUUCUCAAAUCAGAUCUUUUGAGGCAGACUGUCCACACUAUUAAUUGCAAGUGAUCAAAUCAGAUUUGUGCAUUCAGACAUAACCAACCAAUCUGCAUGGGUUGCUUUGGUAACGACGUAGGCGUAUCCUCGUGAUGAUGCUUUCAAAACAUCAGGGCACCAGUUCUGCCCUGUUCAGUUGCGGUGCAGAACUGGUAAACUGGUAAAUAUUGUGAUGUUCCGCGCUGCAGUUACCGUUUUUUUACGUCAUAAUUGUGUGUCGCAUUAAGAGUGACGCAAAAGACCAUUUGAAAUCUGAAUUGAGCAGCCAGUGAUUUCAAUCGCAUUUGAAACCACCUCCCGAUGUGGUUUGAAUCAGAUUCUGAACAAUCCGAUUUCAUGUGUUUUUUAAUGUCCAGACUAUCAAAAACUCAUCUGGAUACAAUCUGGAUAUGCUAAAUAUCUGAUUUUUAGUGGCAGUCUGAACUAGGCCUUAGAGUGACAGUUUAAGACUUGAAGGAUUCAUUGGAACUGGAUAACUUCGCUGUUCAUGAGUCUACGGUACAGAAAAUAUUAAACAGGCAUAGUGUCCAUGGCAGGACAUCCCGAAGUGAUUUGUGCUGUCCAACAAAAACAUUGCUGCAUGGCUCAAGAUUGCCAAAGACCAUCUUGACACUCCACAAUAUUACUGGAAAAAUGUUUAUUAGACUGAUGAAAUUAUUGUUUGGGAAGAACACGCAGCACUUUGUAUGACGUGAAAAGGGCACCGUAUACCAACAUGAAAACAUCAUCCCAACAGUGAAGUACGGUGGAGGGAGCAUCAUUAUUUGGGGCUGCUUCGGGCCUGGACCACUUGCCAUCAUCAAGGGAAAAAUUAAUUAGCAUGUUUAAUUAGAUGUCUUACAGGAUAUUGUCAGGGUGGCUGUGCCUGCUAAAGCUCAGUAGAGGUUGAGUGAUGCAGUCGGACAAUGAACCUAAACAUCAAAGUAAAUCAAUUAUAGAAUGGCUUAAAAAAAGAAAAUUCACCUUUUGGAGUGUCCCAGUUAGAGCCCAGACCUUAACCCAAUAGAGAUGCUGUGGAAUGACCUCAAGAGAGCCUUUCACACCUGACAUCUUCAGAAUAUGACUGAGCUGAAGCAGUUCUAUAAGGAAGAAUGAUCCAAUAUUCCUUCUGAAUGCGCAGGUCUAAAACGCAGCUACGGGAAAUGCUUGGUUGAGGUUAUUGCUGCCAAAGAAGAAUCGACCAGUUAUUAAAUCCAAGGGUUCACUUUCUCUUUCCACAGCACUGUGAAUAGUUAAUGGGGUGUGUUCAAUAAAGACAUAAUUAUAAGAUUAUAGUUGUUUUUGUUUUGAUCUCUUAAUCAGUGCAUGGCUCACACAGCCAGAUCCUAAAAUUGCUGCAAUAGCGCUUUUCUUUUCUUAUCAGGGAUUAUAUUCACCAGACGCACAGUUACAAAAGAACGGACUCUGUCUCUUACAGGUUUUGGUGAGGCUACAGCUAUAAAGUAUCUGAGCUUUGUCGCUUGAUCCAUCUGGUAUUUGAUGCUGUCAGCAUUAUAGAGACACACUCCUGCUCCCUUGCAACAGAACCAAUCAAUUUGUCAGUGACAGUCUUUAAACCAUGUGAUAUCUUUUGUUGACAAUCUCACUUGAAAAAUAAAUUACGCUUGCAGUCAUUACAUAAUACAAGCACAGACCAGACUUUGUUUUCAAAACAAUCAAUUUGAGUCAAUCAAUUUUUUGUGCCCAAAGUCAAUAAUUGUUUUCAGAAUGUCCUAUUAAAAAAGAGAAAUAUCAAACCAUCAUAUACCUAAAUGAUUUGCAUCCAAUAAUAAUUCUUCUUAUAACUAUGUAU